UUGUUUGAUCGGGAAUUAUUUGCAUAAAUCAUAAUAUUUUGGCAAUUGGAAGUGAUAUAUAUAACGUCAUUAUGGUUAAAUUGUUUUCAUAGAAUUUUUUUUUCCGAAAUGUUCCCCCUGCAAAACAUUGAACUCGUCGUGCUAAAGCAACAUCUUCAACAUGGCCGCCUACUCUUCAAAAUGAGCAUGCAUUCAUAUUUGUUGGUCUUCGAUUAGAUUAAGGUAUUCAAUGUACAGACGGAGCUUGUGGAGGUGGUUCUGAUGUCUGAGCACACGGGGAGCCAGUCUUCCUCCCACGGGGGUGAUCGUGGGCGGCGGCGGAGCCGUAGGAGGGGUGGAGGGGGUCGCGAGGGGAGAGAGACAAGACCAAGGAGUCGGGAAAAAGAUAAGGACAACAGUGCCAGUGGUCCCAGUGGGAGUGGCCCCAUCAAAGCUCCUAUCAUCUUAGCCAAACCCCACACUGAGAAGAAUCGAGACUCCAGCACCAGUGGCAGUGGUUCAUCAGACAGUAAACCCAUCGUCCUGAUCAAACCCAGGGAGGACACAUCAUCUGCCUCCUCCUCACAGAGUACCACGUCUGGCACAGCUGCUGCACAGGUGGCUCCUAGUGAUGGUUUCCAUGGGGACCAGAGCGGGCGUGGCCAGCCCACCCAACAGCCGACCUAUCAGAUCCAGCGUAAUGUGUCAUCUGUGGCAGCCUUCUCUGAGAGUAGUCAGACACGCCUGGCACCCCCACCAGAGAUGACCCAGCCUGUCAAACUGGUGGACGACAGUCUGAACUGGUGUGACAGCGGCAUAGAGAUGUUACUGGAUCAGACAGACUUCCUGGUGGUUGGUGUUGUUGGGAUGGAAGGUGUGGGCAAGUCUACCAUCCUGUCACUACUGGCAGGGAACCAUCCAGAACAAUCUAACAGGAGCUUUGUGUUUAAACCCCAGACAGAGGAAACACUAGAGACCGCAGGACACCAGACGGUGGGGGUGGACUUGUUUGUUACUUCUGAGAGGAUCAUCCUUAUUGAUACACAGCCCAUCCUGAGUGCCUCCGUGCUGGACCAGCUGAUCCACAAUGACAGGAAGCUGCCCCCUGAGGUUGGCCUGGCAGAGAACUGGGCGGAGGUGCUGUCCCUGCAGCUGGCUGCCUUCCUCAUGACGGUGUGCCAUGUGGUGGUGGUGGUGCAGGACUGGUUCACUGACAUCAACUUGUACAGAUUCCUGCAGACAGCGGAGAUGUUGAAGCCCCCCACCCCUGCUCCCAGCCAUGACGCCCCCUCUUCCAAUGUGUCAUUGGACACAGAGGGGGACUACUUCCCCGCCGUGGUGUUUGUCCAGAACAGGGCCACACGGGAGGACUUCCAGCCCAGCAGGGUCCAGGCCAUGAAGACUACUGUGGACAGGCUGCUGCAGCAUGCUAGUAUGAGGUACAAGAAUUCAGUGUCUAUGAGUCUGAAUGGACUGAUGCCUGCUCAGCAAAAGAGCCCAAGUAGGGAUGUCAGUCUGUUCCUCUUCCCUGACUUCCCACACAAACCAGCCAAGCAGAAUGGCAAGAUGGAUGGAGUGGCCUCAGUCCUGAGCCUGGUGCCAGACUAUCAGGGUCACCCCAGCCCACAGGCGCUAACCGACUCCUUCAGGAACCAGAUCUUCUCUGUGCCCAGGACUCCUCUCACCCACCACUCACUCACCGAGAAAAACUGGUUCCACUAUGCUGCCAGGACAUGGGAGGGUGUGAGGAAGUCUAACCUGAUGGCAGAGUACAGCCGACUGCUGACCUGACUAAUGUAAGACUAAGAGGACAACAACACAGCAACAGCUAGCUUUGCCCUCCCAGGGAGCAAUUGCCAGGAGGGACAACAGCUUGGCUGACAAGAGAGGGAGAGAGAAAGGGGCUAAAGAGAAGCUGGAUACAACCAAUAGCUCUCACUACCCAUACAGCUUCUUUUGGGAAAUGGUGGUCAGAACAUUGGAGUUGGUUUGAGUUGUAACGUACAACAGAGAUGAGGCUAAAAAUAGGUAUCACAGAAUAAGAUCAAUACAACAGCUGGAUGUUAGCAUACAGCAGAAAGCGCUGUUGCACGUGGCUUGUGGGUGUAUGUACCAAUGCAGCUACGAUGUCUUUGAGAAGUCCAUGACAGUCUUAUAUAAUUCAUGGCUAUAUGGAUACCCAAAUGUUAUGCCAAGUAUAUGCCAGUAUGCUUAGUGUUCACAGCUGGUAGAUACAUUCUGUAGAAUACUGGUGGUGUGGCCCAGUAAAUUGUGCAUCUGGCUGUUGCCAUGAUGAGACACUGAUGGUUGCUUACAGAUAUUGGAUUGGGUUUAAGGAUUUAAUGGGACACACCAAUGAGUCAUUGGCAAUGACUGUCCACUCUGCAGCAGGCAAGGUCUAUUUUGAGUCAACAACUAAAGAAUGCAAGCAACUGUCUUACCAAGAACUUUAUUUCUUGAUUCCACUUGUAUGAAGAUAUAUUGUUAAUUAUCAUUAGAUGUAUGGGUUGACAUUGAUCGUGUUUGUCAUGCACAUAUACUACAUGUAACUGCUGCAUACUCUUGAAUGCUUGAGGAAUUGUGCCUCUGUAUAAACAAGUAUGACUUAUAUAACUGCAGCCUGCUUUUUAUUUGGAAUGUUGACACGAAUAAAAGAUACAUGUUAAUUUCUGAUGUUUAAGCAAGUUGAAUCCCAAGAUAUAAAAAGUGUGUCAAAACUCAAGUUAACCUCAUAGAACUUAUGCCAAUCUUGGAAUUGAACUGCUAUAUAAGUCACAACAGUCAAUAUACAAAGGCACCUAUUAUUACAUAAAACUGAACAAUAAGAAAUGUAAUAAAGUGAAAGAUUGGCAUUUCGAA